UUAAGAUUCAAUUGCUAAAGUUAGACGUAAGAAAUUAAUACAUCGAGGAGGCACGAAAUACAUUUCUGAAAGAACUGACAACAUCUUUGAUGUUUGUUUUUUUUUUAUUAUUAUUAUUUCUGUAAUUGCCUAUUUUGAAGCGUAUUAUAUGUCGAAAGUGCUGAUCUGAAGACAAACUGAUUCUGGCUCUUAGCUCGGUGAUGACAAAUGGACAACAAGCGCUUGCGUGAAGGAAAACUGUCUGUUUUCGCCACCGCUGUGGUUUGGGACUACCGUAAGUUACGCGGAAAGGUAAACAAAUACCACACUUAUAUGACAUGUAUUUAUUUAUUUAUUUUACAGGAGGUGCUUAAAUGCAUGCCAGUUGAAACCCGAACGAUUAUUAAGAUGUGUUUUUGUGUCCUCAGUCAGCCUCUGUGAAGCUGCCGUGGUGGUAAGAGAGAGAGAGAGAGGGAGAGGGAGAGAGAGCCGCUGCGUUGGUGAUCUAGUGGAUAUUUUUGGGAGCACAGAAAGAGCAGCUAGUCGAAGAUUUAAAUACAUUUGUUGUUGUUGUUUUUUUUUUGUUUUGUUUUCUUUUGUUUUUUGUUUUUUCGAUCAGAUGUUCAUUUAAAGGAGUGUUGGACGGGAUGCGAGCUACCCUGCUUGGGUCCGAUUACCAAGGUGGGACUGAAGACCAAAGGAAGAGAAAAAAAUGCGAAGGGUUAAAUUAUAUGCAAACAGCAGUGACAUUUAAAGUACAUUGCAUCGUGGAUUAGGUGGUGCAAAAGCGUAGGAACUCGAAAAAAUAAAAUGAAUAACAGAGAAGAAAUAAUGAUACUAACUUGAUGUCUGUUACGCACAAACCUGGGCUGUCAGGUAUUAUUGACAUUAAGACGAGAAGCGUGAAGCUAAAAGUAACCUCGUAAACAUCGAAAUAAACUAGACCCAGGAGUACGUGACACUGUUUUAUUGUUAUCAUUAUUAUUAGAUAUAUUUUUAUUAUAUAUAUAUAUACAUUUCCUGACUAGCAAGUCGCACCCUAUCUAAUUUGCUGUAAGGUCAAUUCCAUUUCGUAAUAUUAAGAGCAUAGCUACACAAUCGAAUUGAGCUCUUGACAGUGAGCUAGAAAUGAGAAAAUGAACAGAGAGGAGCAACACACUGGCACAGAAUUGAGCAGUGCCAAAGAAAAGAAGCAUGUUGAACUAGCUGACAGAGUCGGAAUCUGCCCACGGAAUAGCCAGCAGCUGAUGGAUGAGAUGGUGAAAUUUCACAUUGGAGCAGAGGAUGGGUCAGUGGGCGAGAUGGGAGGCAGUGAACUGGAAAGGGUUGUGGAAUCAGCCCCCUUCCAGGGGCUUGGAGAGAGGGGGGAGGCUAAUGGAGGUACUAAAACGGAGGCACCCUACACAACUGAUUCAAACGCUGAUCACAAGCCACAGGAGCAGAGAAACAGCCUGGAGAAUGCUAAUUGUGGUCAAAGAGUGCUGGUCUCGGCGUUGGGGCACACUGGGAAUGAUUUAGCAGCAUGUGUGGAUUUGACUUUGCAAACGUCACUCUCUUCAUUGGAGGUCAGUCCAGAGCAGGGUGACAGACUUCAGACAGUGCAGGAAUCUGUUCCAAUACUGGCCUCCGAUUGUUCAGAUUUGGGAGCCCCUGCAAUGAACGCUGAUGUAAAGGAGGUCACCCCCAAUCAAGGAGGGGUUCCGGUUUCACCGACCUCCCCUCCCGAGGACAGCGAGCAUCUCAAACCUGUAGGGAAGAGGGUCACCUUUCCUUGUGAUGAGGACAUUAUAUCAGGUGCUGUGGAGCCCAAAGAUCCCUGGAGGCACGCUCAGAAUGUGACAGUGGACGACAUCGUCGCAGCUUACAAACUUGCCUGCCAGAAACUAAACUGUAAGCCUAUCCAGAAACUACUGAAGCAAAUACAGGAAAUCAAAGACCUGACCGUGAGGACAGACUGCCUUGAUCUGAAAGGUGAAAAGCUAGACUACAAGUCAUGUGAUGCAUUGGAAGAGGUCUUCAAGAGGGUGCAGUUUAAAGUCGUUGACCUGGAGCAAACAAACUUGGAUGAAGAUGGAGCCUCGGCCCUGAUCGAUAUGAUUGAAUAUUACGAGUCGGCGACGCACCUGAACAUCUCGUUCAACAAACACAUCGGCACGCGCGGCUGGCAGGCCGCUGCACACAUGAUAAGGAAGACAAACUGCCUUCAGUAUCUAGAUGCGAGGAACACUCCGCUGUUAGACCACUCCGCCCCCUUCGUGGCGCGAGCCCUGCGCAUCAGCAGCAGUCUGGGGGUGCUGCACCUGGAGAAUGCCAGCCUGUCGGGGCGCCCCCUCAUGCUUCUGGCCACGGCUCUGAAGAUGAACAUGAACCUGAGAGAGCUGUACCUGGCAGAUAACAAGCUCAAUGGACUGCAGGACUCUGCCCAGCUGGGGAACCUCCUGAAAUUCAACUGCUAUAUCCAGACCCUGGACCUGCGGAACAACCACGUUCAGGACUCUGGCCUGGCGUACCUCUGCGAGGGACUGAAGGAGCAGAGGAAGGGCUUGGUGACUCUGGUCUUGUGGAACAACCAGCUGACGCACAACGGCAUGGCGUACCUAGCAGCGGCGCUGCCAUGCAGCCAGAGCCUGGAGACGGUGAAUCUGGGACACAACAGCAUUGGGAACGAGGGGGUCCACAAGCUGAAGGACGGGCUCAUUGCAAACCGCUCAGUCCUGCGUCUAGGCCUGGCCUCCACAAAACUCUCCUGUGAAGGUAAGCUUGUCAUCCUGCCUUCUAGUCGAAUGGAAUGCAGUAGUGCUAUUAAUAAUAAUCAGAAUCAUCAGUUACCCAAAGCGACUUUGGUUCUGCCUCAACAACAUGAUUAG